AUGAAGGAAACUUUCUACUCCAAAUUAGAUGCCUAUUUAAGUGCAUUAAACUUUAGACGACAGUCGAAAUAUGUAAUAACAAAUGAAACAUACAAUAAAAUACUACAAGUACUAUCAAAUGAAAAGAAAUUUAAUCCAUCAUUCAAUUUUUGGGCAAAAAAACGAUUUACUAUUGUUAAGAUUAGUGAACAACGUAUAAUUUAUUGCAUAGAAACGAAACUACCUAUCGUGCAGUAUGAAAAUCUAUAUGAAAUACUUAAUGAAUGUCAUCUUGCUGUUGGUCAUCUAGGCAGAGAUAAAACUUGGCAUGAGGUCAAACGUCGGUUUGCUCAAAUACCACUUGAAAUAGUUAAAUUAUUCAUUAGUUUAUGUGAUCAAUGUGCAUCACGAAGAGUUUUUCAUAAACCAAUUGUUGGAAAACCAAUAAUAUCAGUUGGUUUUAUGACCAGGAUGCAAAUAGAUUUGAUAGAUAUGCGAAGCAGUGGAUAUAAUGAUUACAAAUGGAUAUUUCAUGCCACAGAUCACUUUUCUAAAUUCUCAUGGCUAUUUCCUAUGAUAUCAAAGGAAGCUAGCAAUGUUGCUAGCAUAUUACAAUCUAUUUUUUACCAAUUCGGUGCACCCAAAAUACUUCAAUCAGAUAAUGGUAGAGAAUUUACUGCCAAGGUGAUUGCAGAUUUAACAAAAACGUGGCCUGGCUUAUUAAUAAUAAAUGGUCGGCCUCGAAAUCCCCAGUCCCAGAGACUGGUGGAGCGAGGGAACUCUGUUGUUCAACAAUUACUUGGUAAAUGGUUAAGUACCAAUAACACAUUGGAUUGGCCUUCAGGUCUUGGUCCAGUGAUGUUAGCUAUUAACAGUAGUGUAGCAAAAAGUAUGAAGAAGACUCCAUUUGAAGUUGUAUUUGGACAACAUCCUCGUAGUGAAGAUGAUAUUUGGAAAAAUAUUUUUGAUUAUCAACGACAAGAUGAUAAUAAUAAAAUAAUUUUAGAAGAAGAUUUACCUGAUGAUAUUGCCAAUAUCCUUCAAGAAGUGCAUGAUGUUGAAUCUCAAUCAGAUUUAAAUCAAGAUAGUAGUAAUAAUAAUCAAUUAGAAACGAAUGAAAAUAUGGUACUUGGUGUAGUUCAAGAAUUAGAUAAUGAUAAUGAUAAUACACCUCAUGAAAUUGUUAUUGAUCAUGAAGAAUGUGUUGAUGAAGCCGAAUUGGUACAAAAUCAUGUUAAUCUAAAUGUUAGUACACGUCAUAAUGAUCGUCAUCGACAAUUUCGGGAAGAAGCCGAGCAAUCAUACCUGAAAAAUGCACAAUCACAACUUAUUACGUAUAAAACAAGAUCAGCAAAACGACAACGAACGUAUGUUGUUGGUGAUAUGGUUGGUUUAAAGGUUUCAGAAGUUGAUCGUACAAAUACUUCUUCUACAAUUUUACCAUGUAAAAUAAUUGAUAAAUAUUCUCAAAAUGGAGAAUUCAUGUAUACAGUUGCAGCACAAAAUGGUAUUAUAAAAGAACAUUUUGAUUCGAUGGCAUUUUUAGAUCUUACCACAGCGAAUUUUGCAUCAUUACGUGCGAUGAAUGUUGAUGGACUACCAACCAUUACUUUUAUUCAAGCAAGUCAGAUUCAUACAAAGGAAGUCCCCCAUUUUCCAUAG